CCGACUGACUUCACGCGCGCCGGGCAGCAACAUAGAGAAGAAUGGAAGCGUUUUUCGCGGAGGGGGCCCGUGUGUGGGUCAAGGAGAAGGAGCAGCUGGUCCCCUCUACUGUCAGCUCCUGUGGAGACGGAACCCUGGUCCUCACUACCGACUAUGGAGAGGUGUUGUAUCUCCAGCAGGCUGAGGUGACAAGAGAGAGAGUGUACGCUAUGCAUCAGUCCAGUAUAGAUGGGGUGGAGGACAUGUCCACUCUGGCAGAACUACACGAAGCUGCCAUCAUGCACAACCUCUACCAGCGCUACCAGAAGGACAGCAUCUAUACCAACAUAGGCAGUAUCCUGGCGGCGGUGAACCCUUAUAAACAGAUCCCAGGCAUGUAUGACCUAGAUAGAGUUGAGCUGUACAGUCGACACCACAUCGGACAACUCCCGCCCCAUAUCUUCGCUGUAGCCAAUGAGUGUUACCGCUGCAUCUGGAAACGACACGACAGCCAAUGCGUCCUCAUCAGUGGGGAGUCGGGGGCUGGUAAGACAGAGAGCACCAAGCUGCUGCUCCAGUUCCUGUCUGUGAUGAGCCAGAACUCUGCUGGGAUGCCUCCUUCUGAGAAGACCACACCAGUGGAGCAGUCCAUCGUUCAGAGCAGUCCUAUCAUGGAGGCGUUUGGGAAUGCCAAGACAGUGUACAACAACAAUUCUAGUCGCUUUGGGAAGUUCAUCCAGCUCCACUUCUCCCAGAGCGGGAACAUCCAUGGUGGAUGUAUCGUUGACUACACACACAAAACUUGUUCUAGAUCUGUGUUCCUUCUACUGUAGAACCGCGUGGUGAGACAGAACCCUGGAGAACGAAACUACCACAUCUUCUACGCCCUGCUGGCCGGAGCCAACAAGGAACACAGGGAGCUGUAUUUCCUGGAUGACCCUCCUGAGUCAUUCCACUACCUCAGCCAAUCAGGCUGUCUCAAAGACAAGAGCCUGGACGAUAAACAGCUCUUCAACAGCGUCAUGGAGGCGCUGAAGGUGAUGGAGUUCACUGAGGAGGAGACCAGAGACGUGUUCAAACUGCUGUCUGGAGUCCUACAGCUGGGCAACAUUCAGUUCAUGACCGCCGGAGGAGCGCAGAUCACCACCAAACAGGUGCUCAGUAAUGUCAGUGAGCUACUCGGGCUGGACUGCUUCCAGCUGUCUGAGGUGCUGACGCAGAGAUCCAUGAUCCUCAGAGGAGAAGAGAUAUGCUCUCCGCUCACCAUAGAACAGGGGGUGGAUUCCCGGGACUCUGUCUCCAUGGCUCUGUAUUCCCAGUGUUUUUCCUGGAUCAUUCUCCGGAUCAACCAGAAGAUCAGAGGGAAAGACAACUUCAAGUCCAUCGGAAUACUGGACAUCUUCGGCUUCGAGAACUUCCAGGUGAAUCGGUUUGAGCAGUUCAACAUCAACUACGCCAACGAGAAGCUGCAGGAGUACUUCAACAAACACAUCUUCUCCCUGGAACAACUGGAGUACAACAGAGAGGGAGUCCAGUGGGAAGCCAUAGACUGGAUGGAUAACGCUGAGUGUCUGGACCUCAUAGAGAAGAAACUUGGGAUGCUAGCGUUGGUCAACGAGGAGAGUCGCUUCCCCAAAGGGACAGAUUUCACACUGCUGGAGAAACUACACAGCAGGCACUCUACAAACCCUUACUAUGUGAAGCCUCGACUGGCUGACCAUCAGUUUGGCAUCAGGCACUAUGCUGGAGAGGUUCUGUAUGAUGUCACCGGGGUUCUGGAGAAGAACAGAGAUACAUUCAGAGACGACAUCCUCAACAUGCUGAAGGAGAGCAAACUGGACUUCAUCUAUGAUCUGUUUGAGAGAGUGGGCAGCAGGAACAGUGAGGAGACUCUGAAGAUGGGAACAGCCAGACGCAAGCCUACCGUCAGUUCACAGUUUAGGGACUCUCUCCAUUCCCUCAUGGGCACUCUGAGUGUGUCCAACCCUUUUUUUGUGCGCUGCAUCAAACCCAACAACGAGAAGAACCCUAGCGUGUUUGACCCGGAAGUGGUUCUGAACCAGCUGAGAUAUUCUGGAAUGUUAGAAACAGUUAAGAUCCGCCGGGCCGGCUUCCCUGUCCGCAGAACCUUCAAAGACUUCAUCAGCCGGUAUCAGAUCAUUCUGCAAGAGAAGGGGGGUGGAGCGGGGGAUGAUAAGAAGAGGAGUACAGACCUGCUGACCAAAUACGACCGUGCCAAGAAGGAGUGGCAGCUGGGAAAGACCAAGGUGUUUAUGAAGGAGUCUCUGGAACAGCAUCUGGAGAAAGAGAGAGACGAGGUUCGCCGUAAAGCAGGCAUGGUCAUCAGAGCCCACAUCCUCACCUACACCGCCAGGAAGCACUUUAAGCGUGUGAAGGAGAGCGUCAUCACCCUCCAGGGGUACCUUCGUACCCACAUACAACGGAAAUGGUUUCUACGGCGAUGCUUGGCGACGCGGGUACUCCAAAAACACAGACGAGGACAGGUGGCCCGCGCAAGCUGCCGUAAACUCAGAGAGGAGAGGAGGAAGAGAGAGGAGGAGGAGAGGAAGAAGAGAGAACAGGAGGAGGGAGGCGUAGAGGCAAAGGCCGCUCAGGGUUCUGAGAAGAAGGAAGGAAAGACGGAAGAAGAGGCCCGUCAGAUGGAGGAGAUCUUGCGUAUAGAGUUGGAGAUCGAGCGCCUACAGAAACAGAGGGAGGAUGGGGUCUCCCAGCUCUGUGAGUCGUCCAGGCAGGAGCUCCGGCUACGCCGGGACGCAGAGAUCAAGAGGCUGAAGAAGGAGGCCUCUCGUAAGGCCACAGAACUAAUCGACCUCCUGGACUUUGGAGGUCUGGAUCCCAGUUUAGCCACCGCUGCUAGUGCUAGCGCAGAGCGGCUCCAGGAGGGGCCAGGCAUGGCCACAGCCAGAACCCAGGAGGAGGAGGUGGACGAGGGCUUCCAUGCCGAGGAGGAGUGUACUGUCCCUCUCCUCCCAGACUUCCCUCCUCCAGCCGAGGCUGACGCUGCCGUGGACCAGGAUAUGUUCGCCCACCUGCCUCCCCCUCCACCUGCCUUCGCUGAGGGCUGUACUGCUACACCACCUCCCCCUCUCCUCGAUUCAUCCUCACCCACUCCCGUCCCUCCCCCGCCUCCCCCCUUACCAGCUGGAGAUGGCUCUGACACCCCUCUCCCACCUCCCCCCCCACCACUGCCUCCUGAAGAGGGGGAGGGAAAAGGAAAAGAGGAGGAGAAAAAAGAGGGUGAUGGAGGGAGGAUGAGUAUCUUGAGCCUCGGAGAAGGGGAGGAGCCGAUCUACAGCAUGCCGGUCGACAGCGGCGAAUCAGAUUACGACGAGGAGGAGGGCUCUGUCACUGCGGGAGACGAUGGUUCCGCAUCCGGGCAGAAUAGCAACAGAGGCAGCGCAGCCAUGACAGAGGAAGAAGCUCUGAGGAAGUCCACGUGCACCAACGCCAGCAUAGAGUCAUACAGGGGCAGCUCUGACUCAUACAUAGAGAGUGAUGAUGAGCAUGAUGGGCUGUUGGACACAGAUGAGGAGGUACACAACGGCAGGGUCACUCUUCUCAACGGGAACGGACCUCCAUACUUCCAUAGCUACCUCUACAUGAAGGCUGGUCUGAUGAUUCCAUGGCGCAGGCGGUGGUGUGUGUUGAAGGAUGAGACCUUCAUGUGGUUCCGCUCUAAACAGGAGGCCCUCAAGUCUGGCUGGCUCCAUAAGAAGGGAGGAGGACUGUCCACUCUGUCCCGCAGGAACUGGAAGAUGCGUUGGUUUGUUCUGAGGGAACACAAACUGAUGUACUUUGACAACGACAGCGAGGAGAAACUGAAGGGAACCAUCGACAUCCGCGCCGCCAAGGAGAUCGUGAACAACCAUGAGAAGGAAAAUGCGUUGAACAUCGUGACAGAUGAGAGGACGUACCAGGUGUUUGCUGAGUCGCCAGAAGACGCCAGUGCGUGGUAUAACGUCCUCAGUAAGGUUCAUGUGUAUACUCCCGAGCAGCUGAUGGCCAUGUCUCAUGAACAGGCCAACCCCAAGAACGCUGUGGGAACUCUGGACGUGGGACUGAUUGACUCAGUCUGUGCCUCUGACAACCCAGACAGGCCCAACUCCUUUGUGAUCAUCACAGCGAACCGUGUGAUCCACUGUAACACUGACACUCCAGAGGAGAUGCACCACUGGAUCAGCCUGCUGCAGAAACCUAAAGGAGAUGCCAAGAUAGACGGACAGGAGUUCCUGGUUAGGGGUUGGCUCCAGAAGGAGAUGAAGACAGGAACUAAGGGUAAUGUUCUGAAGCUGAAGAAACGCUGGUUCGUGUUAACCCACAACUCCCUGGAUUACUACAAGAGCUCUGAGCGAAACUCCUCCAAGAUGGGAACCCUCGUCCUCAACUCCCUCUGCUCUGUCUUUCAACCUGAGGAACGAGUGCACAGAGAGACAGGGUACUGGAACAUCGUAGUGCACGGUAGGAAGCACUCGUAUCGCCUCUACACCAAGAUGCUGAAUGAAGCUCUGAGAUGGAUAGCAGCCAUACAGGCAGUGAUAGACAGUAAGACACCCAUAGAAACACCGACACUACAGCUCAUCAGAGAUAUCAAGGACAGCAGUCUGAACCCUGAGGCAGUGGAGCAGACCUACAGGAGGAAUCCCAUCCUCAGAUACACUCAGCACCCUCUACACUCCCCCCUACUGCCACUACCCUACGGAGAAGUCAUCCAGAGGCAGCAGGGCUAUGCCAGUCUUCAGGAUGAAGCGAUCCGAGUGUUUAACUCUCUUCAGGAGAUGGAGACUCUGGCAGACCCUGUUCCUAUCAUUCGGGGGGUACUGCAGACCUGUCAGGACCUGAGACCUCUCCGAGACGAGGUAUACUGUCAGGUGAUCAAGCAGACCAAUCACGUGCCUCAGCCCAAUCAGCCCAAUCAGCGGGCUCAUUGGCACCUCCUCACCUGUAUGAGCUGUACCUUCCUCCCAAGCCGGACCAUCCUCAGAUACCUGCGCUUCCACCUCAAAAGGGUGCGAGAGCAUUUCCCCAACACAGAGAUUGAGCGUUAUUCUGCUUUUAUCAAUGAGUCUCUGAAGAAGACCAAGACCAGGGACUUUAUUCCGUCUCAGGAGGAGAUUGUGGCCCUACUGGUGAGGCAGGAGAUGACAACUACAGUCUACUGCCAUGGAGGAGGCUCCUGCAAGAUCUCCAUCAAUUCACACACCACCGCUGGAGAGGUGGUGGAGAAGUUGAUCCGCGGCCUGGCCAUGGAGGACAGUAGGAAUCUGUUCUCUCUGUUUGAGCACAACAAGGUGACGGACCGAGCACUGGAGAGCAGGGUCAUAGUGGCUGACGUCCUCGCCAAGUUUGAGAGGCUGUCAGGGACUGAGGAGGUUGAGGAGGAAGGACAGUGGAGACUCUAUUUUAAACUUUACUGUUUCCUCGACAUGGAGAGCAUGCCUAAGGAGGGGGUAGAAUUUGCCUUCAUGUUUGAGCAGGCCCAUGAGUCUCUGAUCAGUGGUCACUUCCCGGCCCCAGAGGAAACUUUGCAGCAGCUAGCCGCUUUACGGCUGCAGUAUCUCCAUGGAGACGGGGCCAGCCGCGCUGGGUGGAGCCUCGGUAGUGUUUACCCAAUGGGGCGCCUCCGCACGCGCAUCUUCCACUCCACCAAACAGGGAGGCGCGGCAGGAGGAGAGGCAGGAGGAGGGCAGGUGGGAAGUGUCAAGGGGGACGGGCAGGAUAGAAGGAGAACCCCCAGCUUCCUGGAUGGAAGUCUGAGGCGCAGCUUCAAGACGGGCUCGCUGAAGAAACAGAAGGAGGAAGAGGGGCAGCAGGUAGAGAUGUGGGUGAAGGAGGAGACAUCGGCCACCAGAGCCCAUGUUCUGGAUAAAUGGACCAAGUUACAGGGACUCCCCCAGCACCAGGCUCUGCUCAAAUACAUGUCAAUCGUCAAAGAGUGGCCCGGAUAUGGCUCUACACUGUUUGACGUGGAGUGUAAGGAAGGAGGUUUUCCCCAUGACCUGUGGCUGGGUGUGAGUGCUGACAAUCUGUCUGUGUAUAAGAGAGGGGAACCCAAACCUCUGCAGACGUUCCAGUAUGAGCAGAUCACCUUCUUUGGAGCUCCACAACCCUGCACCUACCAGAUCACUGUCGACGGCAACGACUUGUUCUUCCACACUCCAUUGGUGAUGGAGAUUGCUAAGAUCAUGAAAGCCUACAUCAACAUGAUGGUGAAGAAACGCUGCAGCAUCAUGUCUGUCUCCAGCGUCGCCAGCGCCUUCGUCAGGUGAUCAACCAGCAGCCAAUCAGGGCCCUCUAUUCAACAGCACAGACCUAUCAGAGUGAGGCAGGAAGUGGAUACAAUCCACAGAUUGCGGACAGCGAGGGAUCUAAAAUGGCAUCCGAUUUCACAAAGCGAAAAGGGGAUGGACACUGCAGCUAACUAUUCUAGACUUGGGAAUUGGGUGGAUUGGGUUAAAUAUCUGUUCGUUAACAAUGAGCAUGGAAAAUGACCCAUUUUGGGGAGGACAACUCCAGCACCACCAACCCCCAGUUACCCUGCAUGUCACUGUCUUACAGACAGCAGGUCCAGCACAUUCUAACUCAACCUUACUUCAUCUAAAUAUCUCUUAUUACUCCUUUUGUAUCAAUCUCUAAUCUCUCUCUCUCUCUACUCUGUCAUCCCUCUCUCUCUGUUCUCUCUGGACCAAACCCAUACCAACGACAAGCACAAUAGCCCAGACAAACCAUACCACCCGUAAAGCUCCGUCGCCCCCUUCUCCACCCCAAUAACAGACCCCCCCCGUCGCAGUCCCAACACACUGCCAGCUCGGAGAGAUCAAAUGAAGCCUGUUACUAUUUCUAUCUUCCUUCCUCUGUCUCUUACCCCUCUCCCCCAUUUGAUUAAACUCUCUUUUUCUCUGUCUGUGUGUCCCAUUUCACCUCUCUUUACAGUUAAAUGUUAAUUUAUUCUCUGUUGCUUGCUUGCUUCCUUUCCUCUCUCUUUCUCUCACUCACUCUCUCGUUCAUCUGCUGUCGUCCGUGGUGACUGAGAUAAAGGACUCACUGUGUUUUGUGUUUUCAUCUCGGGGUCAAAUGGAAAAUCAGGUUCCUUCUUCAUCAGACUGCACAGUACUUACUUCCUGUGUCAAAGGAAGUGACAUGACAUAUGGUCAAAGGAAGUGACCUCACACAAACCCCCUCAAGAGAACCAGGGCUGGAGGCCCACCCAGGGCCUUCUCCCCGGGAUCAUCCUGACUCAGAGGCUCUUUCAAGGGGUAGCUGUCUGGCUCGGUCUGGGGGGGGAGGCUCCGUGGGUGUGGAGAGGUCUAGAGGAGAGAAUGAUGCUAAAGAGUGACAAAAGUCGACUACAAGAUCAACCAAGGGAGAUUGAGAGAGCUGUCUCCUGUAAUAUGUCGACUAUGAACAUCACAUACAGUGCCAAACAAAGAUAUAAAACUGUAUUUUUUUGUGAAGAAUCAACAACAAGUGGGACACAAUCAUGAAGUGGAACGACAU